AUUUUAGCAAAGCUAGGCUUACUAUAUCGAGGACUGUACUUUUGCAAAAAAAUUUUAAUUACAUGCUUUACAAUACUAAAAUAAAUAUAUUUUCCAAUAUAUUUCAUUAACUGUAAUAUACAAAACAAAACGCAAACUAUAUAGCGAAACAAUGAUUGGAUACAUCACAACAUUGUAUGCUUUGGCCGCCGCAACUUUGGUCAUUGCUGGUCAAGACGAAUUUGUGAAAUGCACUCCGGGUGAAUAUCAUAUCAUCGGAAAGGCCGACUGUACGGGCUACUAUUUAUGUGUGUUUGGGAAUCCAAUGGAGAUGCCACCUUGUCCUCCUGGCUCUGUGUUCAGCUCCAGCGCCAACGUUUGUGUUCCUAAAGGUUCUACGUUUGAUGACUGCAAGAAAGCAAUAGAUGGAGGUGGUGGCCACAUGACCGCAUCGCCUGAUCAAGGGCAUCUUUCCCCAGAGCAACGAUGUAGCAUUUACAGUGUUGGUGUGUUUCCACACCCCACGGAAUGCCAAGCCUACUACAAUUGUAGUGUCUAUAACAUACCAAACAGGUACGAAAUCUUUGAACGGCAUCGUGUUGAAUGUGUUUACCCCCAGCUGUUCAACACAGAGACCAAACAGUGUGACCAUUUUGAGAAUGUCAAAUGUGGAACCAGGACGGAAUUCAAGAAUGGCUGUCAAUACAAAAGCAAUAAGUGCCGAACUUCCCGCUGUACCCCUUGUAACAUCCGCUUUCCAAGCUGUGAAGGAAAACGUGAUGGAAUUAACGUUCACCCAGUCAGACUGUGGACCCCGAUGUACGCCGUAUGUUACAAGGAGCGUACAGUCAAGCAGGACCGAUGCCAAGCUGAUGUAAACGGCCGAGCACAGUUGUUCCAUCCGGAAAAGAACGAAUGCGUUUCAUUGGAUAUGAUUCCUCGAGAACAUGGAGGAAUGAUGCCCGAGUGCGGUACGAAUGUAGACGGGUUUUAUCUGGACGAUUUCGGACGAUGUGAUCGUUAUGUUCAUUGCCAGGGCGGGAAAUACAUUGGAACGAUCAAAUGUGCUGUAGGAGAAGUGUUCGAUGAUACGAGAGGCGGAUGCGUUCCGGAAGAAAAAGCGUGUGGACCCUGUGGAAAACUCGACCAUUGCUAAACAAGUUGCUUCCAUGAUGGUCGUGGUGAAUACGAAGUACGAAGCCAGGAAACGCCAAGAUCAUCAUAAGCUGUGAUCUUCAUUAAUGAAGUAAUCAUGUCACGUAAGGUGUCGUGAUGACAUUUGCUAAAUAGAAUGUGUUAUUAUAAACAGAUUAUUCCAAUAAGCCUUUUUAAAAUCUGCCAUAUUUUGAGCAUUUAAAUUAUAUUGCAUUUUCAUUUUUAUGAGAAAAUGAUUAAUUCAACUAUUGAGUUCCGAUGUUUCUUGUUUAUGAUAUAAUGUUAAAUGUUUGUUUUAUAAGUUUGCCCAAAUAUAUAAUGUAUUGAAUGUGUGCUUCUUAAACCAUGUUAUAUUUAUAUUAGUUCGGAAUAAUCGUAAAUGAUACCGGAUGUAUAAAUGUAUGCAGCAUGGACGUGAUUCAAGUAAACUGAAAGGUUAGGGGAUAUUAAUCAGAUGGUGUAAAAACAGAAAAUAAUAACGGAUUGAAAACACUAAAUGUUUUGAUACGAUGCAAUAAAAUCAUUUUAAAGUAUAAUAAAUCAUUUGUAAAUAGAUUGUGCAAAAUCUUUAUAUUAUAAAUGUUUCUUAUCACAAGCAAUGCAUUAGGAAUCAAUCCAUUGUUUUAA